AUGGCACAUCCAUUACAAUUCGCACCGUUCCUAUACACCCAAUGGCACCACCCUGUACACCCAGACUGGCCGUUUCCACGACCGGAGUCAAUGUUUGCACCACCUCCUUAUCCUCCACGGGGAUCGACUCUUCUAUCCACCUUUGUCUCCCAAUAUCCGAGCAAGCAGGAUCCACUUGUUCUUCUCAUUCUCGUCCUCGCAACGCAUGAUAUUAGUUACAAAUGGAAGAAAAUGGUGGAGGUGAGCCGCCUGCUACCCGCCAACCGCUUGUGGAUGAAAGAUCGCGACGAGCUCGCUCUCAACGUGGCCCUAUAUACCGACAUUGCGGAUGGAUUGCGGGAUAUCUUGGUCAUGAAGGGCCGGGUCAACCCCGGGAAUUCGUUACAUCCACCUGGACAACUAGACGUGCGAGGCGACCAGUGUUCUGACUCUCCAAAUGACGGAAGUGCGAUACUAGCUGAGCAAGUUUGCAUCAAGCGACGUAAUAGCAACCCAGGCGGUGACAAAAGGAGCCUUUGGUUGACUGAUUUGGUCGAAGUCCAAUAA